GGCAUUAGGGGAAAAUAAGUGUUCGGCACAGACUAGAAGGGCCGAGAUGGCCUGUUUCCGUGCUGUAAUUGUUAUAUGGUAUUUAUAUGUCUGCACCACCUCAAUGUCAGCCCCUGCAGCGUUGACUGGCUGAAGGGGGAGCUUGGACCUGCCAAAGUUAACCACCAUCUCUUUAGUCUUUGUUGUGUUCAGGAUGAGACAGUUCUCUUUACUCCAGGCACAGAAGGCACUGGUCAAGUUCCUGUAUUCCUCCUCAUGCCCGUUCCUUACACAUGCCGCAAUCGCUGUGUCAUCUGAAUAUUUCUGUACGUGGCAUGUGUCAGACUUAUAGUUGAAGUCUGCAGUAUACAGGGUGAAGAGGAACGGGGCCAGAACCGUAGCAAUCAAUUUGAUUUACAGCUCCCACAUGGUUAAGUUCUGUUACUAAAUUGGCCUUAAGUACAUUUGCACAAUAUCACAAGCUUUAAUCUUGGCAGUUACUCAAAACGUUUUUCCCUGUAUUCGCCAAUCACAGCGAGCAAUUGUAGCAACAAACCAAUUGUUGCUGUGAAAUGUCUUAAACAUUUAUCCUCCCCACGCCAUCGCUUCUGGCCAAGUUUCAUGGACGACCGUGGUCUGUUAUGUUUCUGCCUCUCUCCUGUGCGUUUAACUGGAGUAUGUUGAGGAGACUUGCAACAUGUUGAAUACUCUGCUUUUCCGUCACUUUGAUUUCACUAACAACCUGUGAGCAGCAAUGAAGUUUCACAUAUGGAUGCUAGCAAUAAGUACUUCCCUUCUUCAAGGCCGCUGUCCUGCACAAUUCUCCUACUUUGGUGCCUCCUUUGGCUUGGAAACUUCCUCGGUUAAUGACACCUUUCAGGUACAGGUCUUUUCUAAUACAGCUAAGCUAUGUGCGGUUUGUCUCGCGUGAUAUCUAGCUUGCUGGGUUUUAUUGACUGUUAAGCAGCACCUCUGGUGAACAUGGAUAGGUGGCGUUUCAGGUGGGGACCCUUCUUCUGACUGAAUGAAGAGGGAGGGAGGGAGAGAAGAAUGCUGGAAAAGAGGAGAGGAAGGACAAGGACUGGCAGGUGAUGGGUCGACACAGGCGAAUGGGGACAGGCAGGUGGGUGGAACAAAGGCCAGAGAUAAGAACAAUAGUUGGGAGAUGGGGUUGAAGAGUAUUUCCCCCUAUACCGCACCUGGACUCCCAACUGUUUCUGCCCUCCAUCUCCUCCAUCCCGCUACUUUCCUCCCCCUGGCUUCACAAUCCGUGACUCUUCAAACCUGUCUCACCUUCUGUUCUUGUCACUGGCCUUUGUUCCAACCAUCUGCCUGCAAAAAACCAGCUGUCUUCUGCCCCACCCCACCAACCCCCUUCCUAAAAUACGUCAGAAGAAGGGUCUCAACCCGAAACGUUACCUAUCCAUGAUGUUGUUCGACCUACUGAGCUACUCCUGCACUUUGUGUCCUUUUGUGUAUUAACCGGUGUCCGCGUUUUUUGUUUCUACUUAUUGACUGUUAAAUUGUACGUGUCAGGUCCAUGUAUAUUACAGAGGAAUCAAUCUGCCGUGCCCACAAAGUCCCGAUGAGAUUUGUGUGGCGUUAAACUGCUCUACCUGCAGAUCCCGAGCAGUGGAAGUCAGUGGGCACAUUGCAAACUGGUGCCUGCUAGAUGGAGUGAAGGUAAUUCAUCUCCACUCGAAUCCUCUUCAUGUAAGUUACAGGUCGUGCGGAGAUUGUUGGUCACUCGUUAUGGAAUCACCGAGGGAAACGGAACGGUUUCUUUUUACGUUUUCACUGUUUGCGGAUUUGGGAAGGCGCUCAGACGAUGCAGCCACCAACACCCCUCCACAACCUCCUCUGUUACCCGUCUUAAGAGUGCCUCAGAAUUGCAUGGCUACUUAUCACCUGACUGUGUAUGAGGGGAAUGGAGAUGUUCUCAGAUGUCGUUAUGGACUGCGGGAAAGACAGGAAUGUGUCCACUGUGUCCAGCAUCAUGUCCUCAAGUUGGAUCAGAAAAACUGUGUCCUUUACUACAAUCGGCUUGGAACUAAAGGAGCGUACAUCUUGGAACUGAUGAUUGAAGAGUAUCCAAGAGAUACCAUUCUCCUGACUCACGGUGAUGGGACACAGACUGUGUAUCCUGCUUUUGAAGAGGCUUCCUCCACUCAAAGCAUUAAAGCUUUGAGUUCCAUCCCCAUGCAAUUUGUUAUUAUUGUGGACAACGCUAUAUCAGAAUGUGCAUAUGGAAUUUUUCGCCCAUUGCUUGUUCAUCCAACACCUCCCAAUGGUGCAAGAAUAUAUGCUUCAAAUUAUGAUGAGAUUAACUUCACAAUAAAAGCCAUCAGCAUAAAUGAAAGGAUCGCCGCCUUUACAAUCGUGGGUCCACGUGAGUUACGCAAGUCUGAUACUUGGAGCAUGGAUGACAGAUUUGUGUCGGUGAAUGUUACCUGGUCAGUCGGUGCACACACUGUCCCAAAACAAGUCCCGGUGUGCUUUCUCUCGACAACAACUUCGGGAUUACAGUCAGAACCACGGUGCAUUUGGAUUGUGCUGGGUAUGUAUUGAUAAACCACAACUGGUAAUUGUUUCUGAAUCUAAUGUCUUUAAACAUGUGUUGUUACGGGAAGAGAUUCUUGAUAACAUCCUGAGUAUAAGAAAUUGAUGUUGAAAUUGGAGUAUUGUGUUCAGUUUAGGUCACCCUGAUACAGCAAGGAUGCCAUUAUGCUGGGAAGAAUGUAGAGAAGAUUUAAGAGGAUGUUGCCAGGACUCGAGGGACUGAGGUACAGGGAGAGAUUGGGCAGGCUAGGGGUUUGUUUGUUGGAGCGCAGGAGGGGAAGGGGAGACUUUACAGGGGUG